CUUGUAAAAAUAAUUAAUUUUUUCAUAUUUUUUAUUUCAACUUUCGUAUCAACUAAAUUUAAGUGAAAAAAAAAUCAAAUAAAAUUAAAAAAAGGAUGCGAUUUCUAAACCGUUUGAGAAAUGCAUAUAAGCUAACAAAUUUAACAUAUCCUCAAAAGCAUUCCCUUAAUUAUGCUUCUGUUGCUAUUGGUAAGGAGAAAAAACCUCAAAAGUGCUGCUUAGCAUCUAAAGUUUUAGGACGCAAACUUGAUGGUGAUGAAGCUUUUCAAGAAGCCUUUGCAAUCUUAUCUUUAUUGAGAGACAAUACUCAACAGGUCGAAAUGUUUUCCGCUAGUUUGAAGAACCUCGAUAAUAAAAAAGAAGAUUUGAAUGAAAAAACGAAAGUUGAGGGUGGGAAUAUUGCAACAGUAAAUACUAAAAACAAAGCAACUCCAUCUUCUACCAAGGAUUUAUCCUUCGAUAGGGAAAUGUUAGAUUUGAACAAAGUCUUACUGAAUCCAGGCAAUUUGUUAAAGGCAAAUGGUUUGAAAGACCCGGGUCUUUCUCUAUCUACAAAUUCUCGUUUAGAUCUCUAUGAUACAACAACAAUUCCAUUACAUUUGAAUACUCUUAUAAACGGAGCUGUGAGCAUGGAACCUAAACAUGGUUUGAUAGUUCCAGAAUUCAAUGAGUAUUUGACUUCAUUGGUAGCGAGUCUCUGUAGUGCUGCAUUGGUAAAGGAUCGAAAAUAUUACAGCACAGAAAAUACUAUAAAUUCACAUACAAUCCAAAAGUAUGAUGGCGAGAAAAAAUAUGAGAAAGUAAAUAAAAUUGAUCCUUCAAAAAACAAAAUCAUUCAAGAUUUGCUAAAAAAUUAUGAUAAAUUUCAGAAUGAAGUCAGUGCUGUGGCAUCAGGCAAGAAGAAAGAUGGAGAAAUUGGAUCUCUUCCGCCAGGACCUAUAGAUAAUCCUUUGUAUAAUACAAAGAGCCCAAUAGAUAAGCCCCAAGAAAGUAGUCUUGGUCUUCUUGAUUCACAACUUUAUAAGAAAUCUCUUAAAGAAGCUGAAAUUAAACGCAAAAAAAUGGCUAAAAAUUCAGCAGCUUGUAAGGAAACAAGACCAUGUCAACCAAAGAAGCCAGAGGGCAACAAAGGCCCAUGUAAAUCAAAGGUUUCAAAAUGUAGCCAAGAAAGAGAAUCUGGAAAAAAUUUUGAAUCCGUAACUGAGCCAUCAUCGUCGUUUAAAUGUGGUUCCAAACUAAAGUCGACAAAUUCAUCCAGAUCGUGUGGAUCUGGCAAAGAUGAUUCAAACGAUCCUUGCAAAGUUCCUGAAAUCAUGCCACCAAAGAAACCAUGUAAAGUAUCAGAUAUCAAGGAUACAAAGUGUGCCUCCAAGGAAAAGACUACUUGUGGACCUGCAAAGUUUACCUCCAAAGAGAAGCUUCCUUCUGAGCGUAAGUUUACAUGUGGAUCCGGCAAAGAAGAAUCAAACGAUCCUUGUAAAGUACCUGCAGUGAUGCCACCAAAGAACCUCUGUGGAUCUGCAAAGUCAGCCGAAUCUAAAAAAUCACAUCAAAAGAAGUUAAAAUGCAUCCCUGAAGCUAAAACCGAACCUAAACCCAAACAACCUUCCAAAUGUGGUACGGAUACUUCAGCUGAAAAGAAAACAGAGGCAAAAAGUUGUUCUGGAUCUCAAAAGCCUCUAAAAGUUUCAAAAUGUGCUGCCAAAUCGGAGUCUAAGUCUGAAUCAUCUAUAAAAUGCAGCUCCAACUCUGAUUCAAAGUUGGAAAAUCCAUGUGAAAUUCCACCAAUUACCAAGUUAAAAUCACCUUCAAAGCCCAAAAGGUGUACCAAGCCAUCUAAACCAAAAUGUAGCACCCCAUCGAAAUGCUCCAUCAAGUCAGAAGAUUCUUGUCAAAAAUUAUCUGAAAGCAAAGAUUCGAAAUGUUUUCCAAAAUGUUCAAGUAAUUCUUCAAUGAAGUCUCAAAACGAAAAGGAUCCUGAUUCUCAAAAUGCUUGCAAAAGAGCUGCAAAGCUUAAAUGUAGUUCAGAGACAUCUUGUGGUUCUGAACCUAAAAAUCCUUGCAAAUCAUCAUGUGACGGAAUGAACCAAACAAAGAAGGUUAAAUGCGGAAGACCACCCAAAGGUGAUACAAGACCAAGAUGUAAAAAAGGCUCAAAGUGUGGUUCAAAGACGACUUCUCCAAAGAAACCAUCAGAGACGAAAUGUGGUUCAGAAAUUAAGCCAUCUGAAUGUGAAAAACCUAAGUGUGGAGCAAAAACUUGUGCUCCAUCUCCUAAAGCCUCAGAAGCUGAAAUAAAACCGAAGUCAAGAUGUAACUCUAACCACAACAAACCAAACACCGCUCCAUCAUCAAAACCUCCAGAAAGAAAAAUUCAUACCCUUUCCAACUUUUCGAUGCCAAACCUUAUCUUCAGGCGAAACUAUUCCGAUGAAUGUCCUGACAAACCAAAAAGUGAUUACAAGCCCAAAUCCAAGAGGUCUAACGAAUACCGUUUAGAGACUUGUGACAAUUUCUCAUGGAAAGCCACAAAAGCCAGAAAGAAGAGAGUCCAGAAACCAAAAAAUUGUUACCCCGAAGAAACUCUAGAAUUCUGCCCAGAUACAGCUUGCUAUAAGGUUUAUGCUGAGACUUCGGGAAAAGUCGAUAAGAAAAGGUCCAAAAAGAAGCCAAAAGCAACUAAAAUAAAAAAGAACGAAGCACUUUGUACAGGAAAAAGUAUUGGUAACCCGUUUAACCUUCAAAAGGUCAAAUUUUCAACGACACCUAGAGAAAAUGAAGAAGCUUUGAUCAAAAGACCACAUUCCAUUUGUACGAGGAAGCUUGUUUUACCUGAACUUUCUGAUAAUGAUGCCUUGAUUUGUGUAGACUCUGUUGCCUUAUCCGACACCGAUAUUCAUGUUUUCGAAACUGGAGCAAGAAAUGUUCCCGGUCUUUCAAUUGGAAACGAAGCAGCUGGAGUUGUGACUGAGGUGGGUUGCAAUAUAUGUAAUCUCAAACCGGGAGAUCAUGUUGUCCUUGAAUCGGGUGUUCCUUGUUUCCAUUGUGAUCUCUGCAAAAUGGGUCGCUAUAAUAUUUGCAAUAACCUAAGCUUCAAGGGAUUCCUGAAAAAUCACUGCUCCCAUCCAGCAUCGUUUUGUCAUAAAAUUUGUCCAGCUAUUCCACUUGAACAAGCAGCUUUGGUUCCACAAUUGGCCUUGGGCUGUAAUGCCUGUUAUCAAGCUGGAAUCAAGCCCAAUUCCAAUGUGGUCAUUAUUGGAUCAUGCGCCAUGACUGUAUGUGCAGCCAUCUGCGCUUUAUCAAUGGGAGCCGAAAAUGUCUGUGUUAUUUGUGGAAUGCCUGAGACUCGAGUUCUCGUUGAACAAUACAUAACCCAAAAAGUUGAUAGCUUUGAUGCAAACACAAUCGAAAAGGGUAUUGUUAGAACGAUUCUAUCUACUUUGGGGACAUUUCCAGAUAUUGUCAUCAACUGCUCUGUUUGUACGAGAACCAUGAAUGCAGCUAUCAUAGCUUUGAAACCAACUGGAGUGUGUGUUGUUGCUGGAUUUUUGUCGGAAUGUGCAUCUUUCAAUAUUAUGGAUGCUUUAAUGAAGGAAAUUCAAAUAAUACCAAGUUUUAGAUCAAAGAAUAUGUUUCCAAUAGCAAUAAAUCUCUUAGAAUCUGGUCGUGCACCUUUGGACUGCUUAAUUGCCAAUUGUGAAUUUUGCAAAUGGAAUGAACUUGAAGGUGCUUUUAAGCUGGCUUUGUCUGAGGGCAAUAAUGGACCUAGAAAAGCCAUUGUUAAGUGUCAAUUAUUUGAUUGAGGAUUUUAAAUUGAAUAAGUACCAAUAAAUUUUUGUAUAAAGUG